AUGAGUUUGACUGGAAAGACUGCCCUGAUUACUGGUGGAACCAAGAACCUAGGGAAAACCACCGCUAUCGAACUAGCAUCAAAACACAAAUGCAAUUUAUUUUUGCACCACAACAGUACGCAAGGUGAUGAAGAAACUCUCGCAAAGGAAUUGAGAGAUAAAUAUGGAGUUAAAGUUGAAUUAUACCAAGGAAAGCUAGGUAACCAAGCUUCUUUGACCAAAUUGUUCGACACAGCAGUUGAAAAAUUGGGAAAAAUUGACAUUGCCGUUAACAAUGUUGGUAAAGUGCUAAAGAAACCUGUCGUGGAGGUAACUGAGGAAGAAUUUGAUCAAAUGGACAUUAUCAACAACAAGAUAGCCUUUUUCUUUAUCUCUGAAGCAGGUAAGAAAGUUUCAGAUGGAGGACGAAUCAUUUCGCUCGUCACUUCCUUGCUGGCUGUUUAUACACCAUUUUAUCCAACUUAUCAAGGAACGAAAGCACCAGUUGAAUAUUAUUCGAAGGCUGCCUCUAAGGAAUUGAUGGCGAGAAAUGUUACUGUAAACUGCGUUGCACCGGGUCCCAUGGACACUCCAUUUUUCUAUACUCAAGAAACCCCAGAAGCCGUAGAAUUCUACAAGAGUAGCGCAUUGCAGCAGAGACUUACUAAAAUCGAGGACAUUGCGCCUAUUAUUAGCUUCUUGGCCACCGAAGGUGGAUGGAUGACUGGCCAAGUGCUUUUUGCUAACGGUGGGUUAGCUGCAAAAUAA